CCUAAUCUAAGCAGCUGUCGAAUUGUCACACAUGUUGAUUUCCCUGGCAGUUCGUUAAUUUAAAAAUAUUUACUAUUACUCCAUGAAUAGAAAUUGCUAAAAAACGUUAAUUAAAUUUCAAGUAUUGCGACAUGUAAAUUGUAUAAAAAAAACCUUGUUUUUAUUAAUUCAAAGAAAAAACAUAUGUUCUAUAUAAAUUGGUGAUUAUUCAUAUAUGAAAAAUGAAACAACGAAGUAUUGCAGAAUAUAUUAAAUCACCAGCGGAUCCUAUGAAGGAUUAUAAAAUUCAAAGUACAGAUUGGCUAACAAAAUCGAGUCCUGUCUCAAAAAGGAUUAGAUCUAAGAAAAAUUCAACUCGAGCGAUGUCAAAGUCUAAGACUAAAAAUAAAACCUGUGAAACCCCAGUUCAGAAUUGUACUACAGAAGUGAAUAGUACACUCGAAAAGUGGAUACAGAGAAAAAGAAGUGAUAGCCCAUGGGAUCGUUUUAAGGAAUUGGCUAAACAUAAUCAAACACAACAAAAUGCUAAAAAUGAUACAAAUACAUCCAAACCUAGAAAAAAGCUAAAAUUCUGUAAAAAUGAUUCUUUUGAAAAAUAUGGAGUUGUUCUUCCAACAGUGGAUCAAAUUUUAAAUAAUAUGGAUACAAUACGAAAGGAGGGAAAAAUUCUUGAUGAGUAUGAUAAAUUAUAUUGUGAAAGUGAUAUUGCAAUACCUACCUCCCUUAAAACUAUAUCAGAUUCUCCAGAAAAAACAAUUCCUCUUCUAAGUUGCGAACAUCUUUCUCAAUUUGAACUCGACAAAUAUGUCAUAAAGUAUUUGGAUUACCUUAAAGAUAUCUCGAAAGGAGUGGAGUAUUCUCAAAGACAUGAAACUUACAACAAAUAUAACUCCAAAUCUAAACUGACUUUUAGUUUUAGCAUGAUCGUUUAUAAGGAAUCUCAGUUGGAAUACUUAACCGAAAGAAUUGAAGAAUUGUUAGAUCCUGAAGGAAAACGCACUGAAUAUUUAUUUAUGGUGAUAUUGCCAGAAUUGUGUCUCAAAAUAUUCAUGAAUGAGUUUGAAAUGAGUAAAACAGAAGCAGUUGACUAUUUGAAUCGUAGACCGGUUGACUAAUAUUUUUGUGGUUUUCUGUCAAUGUACCUGGUGAUUGGAUUGAGGGUUGUGAUUUCUCGUUUAUAUUAACUUUAUGUAUACUAUGUAUAGGAUAAUAUUGAAAUAUAUGUUUUUUCGUAGUUUCUAAGAUGGUAACGCAUUUACAUUUUUCUUGACAUAUUCACCCAUUUUGCAGUUAUUUAUUAUAAUGUAUGCAGUUUGUUUCUUUUGUUAUCAUACUUGUUUUGUUCACCAUUUAUAGUUAUAGUGCCUUUUUCUUAUUAUUAAAGCUUUCUUGUUCUCUUA